GAGCCGAGCCGGCCGAUACCCUGGACAGCGCCUCGCCGCCGCCCCGCCGCCAUGAAACCCAAGGAGAUGCGCUGAAGGUAUUUGCACAUGAUGCAGUGACAACGGAUUGAUUAGAAGAAACCUCCAGGACCUGAAGAGCACCUGAAAGCUUUUGACCGGGAAGUAAAUGCAUUUGUGGACUAUAUGUUUGGACCUCGAGAUGCCAGGGUUAGAGGAUGGUUCCUUUUGGACUCUUACCUUCCCACGUUUUUCCUCACCGGAGCAUACCUACUCUGCAUAUGGCUGGGCAACAAGUUCAUGAAGGACAGACCUCCUUUCUCUCUCAGGGCUCACCUUAUUGUUUAUAACCUUGGGAUUACACUGCUCUCCUUGUACAUGCUCAUAGAGCUCAUCCUUGCCACGUGGGAAGGAGGAUACAACUUGCAGUGCCAGAACCUCCACAGCGCAGGGGAGGCCGACAUCCGGGUAGCCAAGGUGCUGUGGUGGUAUUAUUUUUCCAAAGUAAUUGAAUUCAUGGACACUAUCUUCUUUGUACUGAGAAAGAAAAGCAGCCAGAUCACCUUCCUUCACGUGUAUCACCAUGCCACUAUGUUUAACAUUUGGUGGUGUGUUCUGAACUGGAUACCUUGUGGGCAAAGUUUCUUUGGACCCACUUUGAAUAGCUUUAUCCAUGUGCUCAUGUAUUCUUAUUAUGGACUGUCAGUCAUCCCUUCUAUGCGCAAAUAUCUGUGGUGGAAGAAAUACCUCACUCAAGCACAAUUGAUCCAGUUUCUGCUCACUAUCGUGCACACACUCAGCGCAGCUGUGAAGCCAUGCGGAUUCCCAUUUGGCUGCCUCAUGUUCCAGUCCUCCUACAUGGCCACACUGGUGAUUCUCUUCAUAAACUUCUACAUUAAGACAUACCGGAAAGCACCUUCAAGAACAGCUAUAAAGGAAACGCCCGUCACAACAGAAAUCAAGAACGGUUUCCAUAAGGACUACUUUGCUGCUGCCAAUGGAUUCCUGAACAAUAAGAAAGCACAAUAAGUAUAAUAUUUCCUAUGAUUUUUUUUUUCUAAAAAAAAAAAUAAAGAUGAAAAAAGACUGAAUUACAAGCUUUAGUUUAAAACCUAUUUGAUUACAUUUAUCAGUUCUUUGUACCAUACACUUAUUAUUAAUGUACUGCUAUUUAGGUUUUAACAAAACGAGUAGAAUUACUUGUCCUGUCAGAGAUCACCAUCAGAACAAAGGCGGCCAAGAUAUUUCUCGUACGAAAAAGAAAACCUUUCUCAUCUCUAACGCUGGCACAAAAACGCCUUAUAAAACACUUGAUGGAUAAAUCCAUCAAUGCCUUCAAAAGGUUAGGACUCUGUUCGGACUAAUGCAGCGAUCACUUUCUGUGCACGCGAGAGGUCUUGAGGCAAGGCUUCGCAGUGCGCCCAACAUCCAGCUAAACUGCAGCCAAGGUCAGGAAGAGGAAUGGGGAGACAAAGGUGAGAAUCAUACCUUUUCCAUCACCAUACCCCUUCUCUGCUUCUUCCUGACUGUUUCCCAAAGCACGCUCCCCUCCCACGGACACCAGCAAAGUACAGCCGUCCCUUUGGACCAGUGGGAGCCCUGAGAAGGGACGUAAAAGAGAGCAGAGCCCAGGUGCACCAUCCCAGAGUCUGCAGACAGACAUGCACCGUGCUCACUGACUCAAACACCACGAAGCCUGGCAGGAGCUUGCUAUUUCAGAGGGCUGGUCUGGUAGGAUCUGGGGCUGCCCAGGAUGGCGUUUAGAAAACAUGAUAUUACACAACGAUAUGGGGUUUUGAGCUCUAGUCAGAGCAAAGCAAGUCACUUUUGGUGUGCUAAAUUAAUACAGUUCUGACUAAAUGGAUUUUGAAAGAAAUGGGAGCUCAGCAACUUAAUGAAGAUAAAUCCUUUGAGUGUAAACACGCACAAAGUUAAUCCUAUACAAACACUGCUAAUGUGAAACAAACUGGCAUGCCAAGUAUUAAUAGACUAGAAGAUGCAGAAAAUCUUAAAAGUUAAUUUAGCAAUGAGCAAAGCACAUUAUACGGCAAUUUCCAUGCUAGGUGGUCUCUGACUGGAGAAACAGAUGGGACUGAGGCACAAUCCUCUGUAGGAAAGGCAAGGAGAUAUUUGCCAUCUGCAGCUGUAAGGGCGUGUGUCUCAACAGCAAGUCACCAUCAUCUCUGCUUCAGUUAGUUGCGUUUACCUCUCACUUCACUCUUAAGUGAAGAGAACCCAAGGUUAGCUUUGGGGAUCCACACCUCACCCUUUUCCCAUUUAGCCCCCUUCAAAAUUUCUACUAAAAGUGGACACGGCUUUUUUUUUUUUCCCCUCUCCCUUUUUCACAGUGAAGUAGUUCUGGUCUCUCCCAACCUUGUAUGCAUAAAUUCUCUCCACAAAAGCACCUUUUGGAGUCACCCCAGCCCAGCAAGUCCCUCGGACUGAAGCAGCUCUGUAAAGGGACCACGUCCUCUCCCUCCCAUCACCCCGCAGGGUCCCAGGGCAGGAAGGGGACAAACCAUGUGCCCAGCCAGCACAGAGGGCCCACAUGGAGAGACGACUGUCUCAAGUCCUGCUCCUCCAAUUCUUCUCCACCUCCCAGGUCAGUUAUCCCCUCUGGAUGAUUGGUCAUCAGGGGGUCUUGGAGACUGCAGGUGCAAAGGCAGGAAGGUUUUUCCCAGGGAGCAGUGAAGGUGCAGAGCUCGCAGAUAGGAAGGGAAGGGGCUAAGGAAGUGGUACAGGAUGGGGGAAGAACAGAUGGUUUUGUCUGGCAAAUGCAAGAGGAGAAAGUGGCACAGAGAAGGGCAUCUCAGGUUGGAGUUCAGUUUAAAUUUGUGCUUGAAAGUCUUGUUGGAUCCCAUCUGUCUCCAGCCAGUUACUGCUCCGUUAUGAUGUGGACAAAACCCUUCUGCUCCAGCAGAAAACUGAGAUCCCCACAAUGCUGCAGCACAGGCUGUACAUGCAAGCAACCUGCUGCUAAACUGCAUCAUCAUCAACUGGCUAACAAAAAUAACCACAAUAUUCAAACAUUUUCGACAAGGCACCUAGCUGAACCAUUCAUCUAAGGCAGGCAACAAAAAAUGGUUGUGUGGCCCAGUGUGGAUUUUAGGCUGAGCAGAGUCCAUAACCUUUUGAUGGCAAAGCAUGCAUUUGACUAUCAAGGUGGACAACGUCAGCAUGCUAAGAAUUAAAGUUUUCUACAGCAACCAAACCCACAGACAUCAUCUUUUGUUUUGUUGAAACCUCAUUCAAAAGAAAAAGAAAUAAAUGCCUUACUUGAAACUCAAAGGGCUGGGGGGGGCGGUGGGGGGGGAAGUAAAAAACCAAGAUGGUCUCACCUUGCAGAUCCAGACUGGCCAGGAAGGCUGGAAUCAGGUAUGUUUUAAAUCCUUCAGAUCUGUCUUAACAUCUUCAAAACGCUGCAGCUUUGAAGAAAGAGAAGCGUUGAUUUUUAAACUGAUUUUCCUGUAAUACAUAACACUGUAAAUAAACAAAUUUUACUAUCA